UGUGGCUGGGGCCUGGUGCGCCCCUACACCCUCCUCUGCGACCUGGACUCUGUUUGGGGCGUGGCAGUCGAAUCUGCAGCGGCCGGCGGCGCCCUGGCUGCCAUUUUACUGGGCCUGAUCAUCCUCUGCCGACUACACCACGUGAGCGAGGCAGAGAAGCGCAGCGGCGUGGGACCCAUUCUCCUCCUGCUCCUGGGCAUCCUGGGCCUGUUCGGCCUCAGUUUCGCCUACCUCAUUGAGCGUGACGAACAGCUGUGUCUUCUGCGCCGUGCCCUCUGGGGCCUGCUCUUCGCCCUGUGCUUCUCCUGCCUGCUGGUGCAGGGUGUGCGGCUCCGGAGGUUGGGCAGCGAGCGCCGGAGCCCGGGGGGCUGCACUCUGACCGGCCUGGCCCUGGGGCUGAGCGCCGUCCAGGGGAUCAUCGCCGCCGAGUGGCUCCUGCUCACGGUGCUCAGGGAGGGCAGAGCGGCCUGCCAGUACCUGCCUCUGGACUUCUCCUUAGCCUGUAGCUAUGUGCUUGCGCUACUGCUAGCCGCGCUGGGGGCGGCCUCCUUCGCUCUCUGUGGGAAGACCCGGCAGUGGCGCUGUAACGCGGUCUGGCUCCUCUCCGCCUGUCUGUUGUCCCUCCUCCUCUGGGUUGCCUGGGUGGGCUUCUAUCUCUACGGUAACGCCUGGCUGGGGCGGUCCCCGGACUGGGACGAUCCAGCAUUGGCGAUAGCACUGGUGGCACAGGGUUGGCUCCUCCUCCUGUUCCACGCCGUGCCCGAGGCACACUCCAGUCUCUGCUCCCCGCCACAACCCUGCCCUGACUAUUUUGACACGUCCCAGGCCCCGUCCCGCAUGAGGGAGACCAGCCCCGACGAGGACAUCCUCUCACACAGGCAGUUUCCGGAGAACCAGGGCUACGGCUUUGACGAAAACACUGCAGGUCUGAGGAGUGCAGGUCAUCAUAAUGGUAACACAGCGCCCAGACCCAGUGCCCCCUUCCGCAGCAACGUGUACCAGCCCACUGAGAUGACCAUGAUCCUGAAUGGGGGAGCGGUCCCCUCCGCACCCCCGACCUAUACGGGGCGGCAGCUGUGGUGAAGGACAGAGAUGAAGAAGAAGAGGAAGGAAGAAUGGGGUGAUGAAGAAGGGAUGAAGGGUCCUUGGACAGAGGAAUAACCCAGAGAGGAUAACUAUAACAUGGACAUCACCCC